AUGGAAUUAUGCGCCCAUCAAGUACAAUACAACGGAUUAUGCGCCGUGUGUGGCUCACUACUAGAAACAAACUCGGAUGACCCAUCAGGAGCAGUCAUCGGCAACAGUAACAUUCGUAUGGGAUAUGACACGUUUGGUUUGACAGUGAGCCGCGAAGAGGCAGAAAGACUGGAAGCAGAAAAUGCAAGAAGAUUACUGAAAAUUCGGAAAUUAUCACUCAUACUGGAUCUGGAUCAGACGAUAGUGCAUGCUACUUGGGACAAGCAUGUGGAUGAAUCACAAUACAAGGCUGACGAUAAAGGCAUCCGACGAUUUACAUUGCCUGGCAGUGAUGUUGUAUAUUAUAUCAAGUUGAGACCUGGAUUGGCAGAGUUUUUGAAGCAGGUAGAAGAAAUGUAUGAAUUACAUAUAUAUACCAUGGGAACAAGGGGUUAUGCCGAAGCAGUAGCUAAAGAGAUUGAUCCAAACGGAUCCUUAUUUAAGGAGAGGAUAUUAUCCAGAGAUGAGAGUGGAAGUGUUACGCAGAAAAAACUACAGCGACUAUUUCCUUGUGACACAUCCAUGGUAGUUGUGUUGGAUGAUCGGUCGGAUGUCUGGAGCUUUUCACCCAAUUUAAUACGGAUAAAGCCAUACGAGUUCUUUAGCAAUGUUGGAGAUAUCCAUAGCCAGAAUACCCAGAUUACACAAGCAGUGGCUGAACAAAAUGACGAUCCUUUCUCCAGACAUGACGAUGAUAACGAAUUAGACACAGUUCUUCAAAUUUUGACAACCAUACACACGACCUUUUAUUCCAAGCCUGCAGAUGAUAAAGAAGCCGAUGUUACUCAUAUUAUACCGCACAUGAAAAAACAGGUGUUAAAGGGUGUCAUUAUUACGUUUUCAGAUGUGAUACUGAGUCCUGAUUUGAAAGACCCUACGCUGUCGUGGAUUUGGCAAAUGGCUACUUCGUUUGGAGCUACUUGCUCGCUGGAUCUCACAGGCAAAACAACGCAUCUGAUCGCGAUUUCCACCAGCAAAAACAAAGUACACGCAGCACGAGAAUACGGACAUUGCAAAAUAGUGAAUCCUCUCUGGUUACUGGAUAGCACAGCAAGAUGGAAAGUGCAGCCUGAAGAAGCAUACGAACUCAAGGAAUACCAAAUCCCAUCACCAAAGACGUCUACAGAAGACGAGGAACAGGCGUUGCAGGACGAUCAAGAAGCCCCAGAAGAAGAGUUGAUUGAGAAUAUUAAUUGGGAUGAUGCCAACAGGGAAGUCGAGGACUUUAUCAACGAGAGUGGCAUUGACGAUAUAUGGGGUGACACUGAUUCAGACACCGUGGAGAGCCCAUUACCGACGCCGUCGCAUGGAUGGAAGCGAAAGCGAGACAGUGGCGGAGAGAGUGGCGGAGAUGGCUCUGAUGAUGAAUCGACAACCUCUAGCAUCAGCACUGCAGGUGGACCGAGUAUCUUGGCAGUGAGACGAUUGAAAGCGAAAAGACGAGGCAAAUCACACCUAUCCAAGGUAACAACAGCACCCAGCUCAACAUGUACCAGUGGGAACACAAGCGACAAUGAGGAUAGCUCAUUAGAUGAUUUUGCUGGUAUUCUGGAUAAAGCAUUAGAAUAA